GUCUUCUUCAACUUAGAAAGUCUCUGGCCCCAGCUGAAGAAGCUGCUGGGGGAGCUCCUGGAGGAGGUCAGACAGGCGCCGUUGUCAGCUGUGGGCUUUCUACAGGGCUUGGAUGUGAACCUCCAGGUACUGGUGGCUCAGACGCAGCGCGUGCACGCCUUGGAGGAGAUCGUGGCAGCGAAGAUCGACCCGGUUACGCACAAGAGCUUCCAAUCUGUGUUGGAAGAUGCUGGCGUUCGCUCUUUGACGGCUCACUUCUGGACUGAAGCUGCCAGUGUCUUUAAGGCCAAGCUCGGGAAGGUGUGCCAGGACCGAGCUUUCCGAUCAAAGGCCAUCUCAGACUGCCCGAAGGUCCUGCAAAGUUUGGUAUCCGCUGUCGAGAAGCUGGGCCGUGGGAAAGUUAUGAAGUCAACAGAGCGUGAACAACUUUACCAGUCUGCUGCGGAAUUGCGGAACGAGUUUUUGGGCGAGUCCAUCCGACGUGUAACUGAUCCUAUCGAGAUGAUGCUGCCGGAUAAGCUGCUGUCAAGCCUGAGUGCUUCUGGUGAGCGCAUCGGGGGAACUGGCGAGACGGUUACGGACGAGCUUCCCACCAUGCACGAUCUGCGGCGAUAUGUGCAGCUGCUGGUGACGGAGUUGGAACGUGUCGAGUGCUGUCCAGAUCUCCUGCUGAAGGAUGUGGUGCGAAGCGUCCGGAGUUCCGUGCUGUUCUUCGCCACUCGAUUGGAGCAGGUUGUAGAUUCGUCCUCUGCAUUCCAGUGCCUGACGGAGGAGGAUGGGCUCUUGCGGUUAAAGUCGCCGCUUCCCAUGCCCACUGCCGGCCACGCCCGAAAUGCCCGGCUGUUCGGUAUCGCUCAUCACACCUUGACGGCCCUUCGGGAAUUGGUGCCUUCGCGAUUCUUCGAGUCGGUGGCCACUGAUCAGGUGCAGAACACGCUGAAGCAAGCCCAAGCGGCUGUGGUGAUGCCGAUCUUCACCAAUCUCCAGGGCUCCCUAUCAAAGGCCCUCAUCGCCGCCUGCAUCCAGGGAGAAGGGGAGAACCAACUCCUCGCCGUCAGCCAGGCGGCUGCUCAUCUCAGUCGCCACUUCUUCUCCCUCUUCGGGGCGGGCCAGCUCCAGGGUCACCUCCGGGAGUUCUGCAGCUCUGCCCUGCGGUUCUUCCUCUCCGCGGCCGCGUUGUCCCGGUCUCCUCUCCGGUCAGAGCUGGCGACCCUCGAAAGCCUCCUGCAAAGCAUCGACCCCGACUAUACCUCCCACCUCCGCUAUGAGGUAUCCGUCCUGAAGGAGUUCGCGAAGCUUUUGAGCACCACAGCCGUGGAGUCCCAAGACUUCGAGGAGCUCGCCAACGUCAUCCCCUUGCAUCUGCUGCUCACCUUCCUGCUCCAUCGGCUUAAGGUUCCGAGCCUGCCGGAGUUCUUGGGGCAGUCGCCAGCGCAGUAUCUCGAAGCCGCCGUGCAACUCUGGGACGAGAAGCCACGGGCACUGGAGGCCUUCAAGGCCAACGUCGCCAAUCUCUCCGACAAGUACAACCUGGACCCGACCGAGUCGCCCCUAGUGAUUGAGCGCUACUCCACGAAUCUCAGAGCAGGUCUGUCCACUGCGGAUGCCGAUAAGAAGCUGAAGGAGGAUGGACUCAACGAGCUGCACAAGCCACCCAAGCCAACCUUGCUGAUGCUCUUCAUCAUGCAGCUACUGGGAUUUAUCAUCAUCCUCCUCAUCAUUGCGGCUGUGGCAUCUAUGGCUGUGAACGCGACCGGAACUCGGGCCGAAGAUCCCUUGUCCUACACCACCGGCAUCGCGAUUUUCGUGAUUGUGCUCCUGAACGCGGGCAUUGCUGCCUGGACUGAGCACAAAGCCGGAGACGCGCUGGAGGCGCUCUCCAAGAUGACCCAAGCAGCGAUCUAUGUGGUUCGAGAUGGGCAAGAAGUGCAAAUUCCCACCAACCACGUGGUGCGCGGUGACGUGGUCGUCCUGGGCACUGGAGAUGUCGUCCCAGCGGACAUGCGCCUCGCUGAGUCCGAAGAUCUGAAGGUGAGCGAAAUGGCGCUCACAGGCGAACCGGACGAUGUCUCCAAGACAUGGAAGCUGAAGCCAAAGAAGGAGGGCGAGCCGGAGAAGUUGACCCCCGAGGUGUGCGUUUUCUCCGGCUGCAACGUGACGAACGGCAAGGGCCGGGGCAUUGUCACAGCUACCGGAAUGGGUACACGUAUCGGCCGCAUUGCACAGCUCAUCGCUGGCGAGGAGGGCCCGAAAAAGAAGUGCUUCUGCCUCCCGGACACGUCAGCCAACCAGACGCCACUGCAGAGGAACCUUGAGCAGCUGGGUGCCAAGAUCGGCAUCCUCGCCAUCGUGGUGUGCGUUGCGGUUUUCAUCAUUGGUGUGGCGCUUGAUCGUAAGGACCUCGACUCCCCGGAAAGCCCGGCGGCGCUGUACAUGGUGCUGAUUGCCGUAACCCUUGCCGUGGCAGCCAUCCCAGAGGGCAUCCCGCUGUGCGUCACUAUCUCUCUGUCCAUCGGCUGCAGCGACAUGGUCAAGCAGCACGUCUUGGUCCGCAAGCUCGCCGCGGUGGAGACACUUGGUUCGGCCUCGGUGAUCUGCAGCGACAAGACCGGAACCCUCACCGAGGGUAAGAUGACCAUGGUGAGUAUGUGGUCCGGCGAUGUCACCUACGACGUUGGCGGCAAGGGUUUCGACCCGACGGUUGGAAAGAUCACGGCACCGGGAGGCGAAGAUGCCGCACUCCACCUUGGGGUGAAGACGACUCUGCUCUCUGGACUGUUGUGCUGCAAUACUACGCUGGACAAGGUCAAGGACGCGGACACUGGCGAGGAGAAGUGGGAGCCAAGGGGCAACUCGUCGGAGGCCCCGAUUGUCGUGGCGGCACGGAAAAUCGGCUUCACCGAAGAUGUGGCCACGGACUAUCCGAGAGAAUUGGAGAUUCCUUUCUCUUCGUCGCGAAAGAUGAUGCUCACGGUGUCUUCUGUCAGCGGCCGGCAUGCCAUUUGCGAGGGCGGCAUGCCCUUGCCUCAAGGCACCAAGCACUUCCUCGUUUGCAAGGGAGCGCCCAACUUCAUCAUCGACUUGUGUGAAGAGCGGCUUCGCGAUGAUGGCAGUGUUGCAAAGAUGACAGACGAGGCGAGGCAAGACAUCCUCAAGGUCGUUGAUGAAUACAGCAGUAAGGCGCUCCGCGUGCUGGCAGUCGCUGUUCGCACCAUGACAGAGCUCCCCUUCGACAAGAACGAUGACGAGAUCUCCACAGACGAGAGGUUUGCGAAGCUCCGCCAGAACUUGCGGCUGGUUGGGUUGGUCGCCUCCAUCGAUCCGGACCGCGACGGCGUGAAGGACUCCGUUCUUGCCGCACGAGGAGCUGGCAUCCGCGUUGUCAUGAUCACCGGAGACUACCUGAAGACCGCCAUCGCCAUCGCCAAGAACGUAAGCAUCCUCCAGCCACAGGAUGACGAGGCGACUGCAGCAGUGGACUGCAACACCCUGCGCCCCGGAGGCCACUACCUCGAGGGCAAGGAAAUGGAUCGCCUCACGUCCACAGUGCGAGUCUUCGCCCGUGCAAAGCCCGAAGACAAGCUGGAAAUUGUAAAGUCUAUCCAGCGCAUGGGUCAAGUGGCGGCCAUGACUGGCGAUGGGGUCAACGAUGCGCCGGCUUUAAACCAGGCGAAUAUCGGCGUUGCCAUGGGCAUCCAGGGAACGGAGGUGGCAAAAGGCGCAUCUGAUAUGGUUCUGACCGACGACAACUUUUGCUCGAUCGUCUCGGCUGUGGAGAAAGGCCGCGCGAUUUACUCUGGCAUCCAAAAAUUUGUGGCCUUCAUCAUGUCUGUGCACAUCGCAGAGGUCAUGCAGAUUUUUGCCUGCAUCGUCGCCGGCAUCCCAGUGAUGAGGACACCUCUUCAGAUCCUGUUCCUGAUCCUCGUCACCGACCUUCCACCUUCCAUCGCCUUGGGUAUGGAGCCUGGGGAGCCAGGCAUCCUGAACCAGCGCCCUCGGCCGAAAACUGAGCCCAUUGUCCUUGGUUGGAUGUGGUUUGCCAUGGUGUUGAACGGAGCUGUGCUCUCGAUCGUCAUCAUCGCGGUCUACAUCAUCUCGCUGAUCAUCUACUGUGAGGGGCAGAUUCUGCAGGCAGACAUCAUGGCAUUGGGACCCGAUGCCACGUUCAAGCUUUCCCAGGCACGUACCGUCACCUUCAUCUCCCUGGUAUGGUCCGAGAACAUCCGCAGCUACAUCGCGCGGUCCUUCGACAAGCCCUUCUGGGUCAACCUGUGCGGAAACAGCAUGAUGCAGUACGCGAUCGUCCUGGCACAGAUUGCAUUGUACUGUGCGGUGCUGAUUCCGUUCCUGUCUACGGAUAUUCUCCUCCUCCGUGGCUUGGACGUCGAGGGCAAAGGCUGGCUCAUUGCGCUGAUUGGCCCCUUCGGCACGCUGGUCCUCUCCGAGCUGAGCAAGGUGAUUACCGGCUGGCAGAUGCGAAACUACCAGCGCUCGCUUGCACGGAGGGAGGCGGCCCAUGCUGCGCAGGUGGAUGCCGACCUCAGCGCCGUUUCACCAGCCAAAGGGCAGGCGGGCGCUUUGCUGGAGGCUGGCGCAGGAGGCUCGGACAAGAUCGAGAAGGUCAACAGACCAGCUCCCGUGGUUCUGUGA